AUGGCUGACUACGAGCGUCGGAAUAAUGGCUACCGAGGUGGAGGUGGCGGAGGAGGGCGCAAGCGCCGCUACAGAGACGACGAUGACUUUGAUCGCCGCCCUCAAAGACGCAGAUACGAAGAGCCACUGUUAGUACAAGUUCGCCGUCAACUGCUUACAAUCGCUGAAUCGGCUGCACGGAGAGUCGAGGAUGAUAUCAUGGGAGUUGCGAAAUCCGUGGCGGAGAAUUAUGAUGAUGAGGAGCUACGCGACACCUUCGUCAACAUAUCCUUGGAAUUAGUCCUUGAGCAACCGAUGAAAAUCCCAUUCGUGGCCGCGAUAAUCCUCGUUGCCUACAACCUGAAGGCUGAGCUUGGCGCGGAGGUAUUGAAGAAGGCUGGAGCAGCUCUGCAAAAGUAUAUCGACUCAGGGUCCUGGCGAGAGGUGAAGCUUCUUCUCCGUUUCUUCGCUGGUUUACAGCCCCUCUUUGAGAGCGAUGGUGUUUUCCCACUUUUGGAGGAGCUAUUUGCCCGCGCGGUUGAUCUUCAAACAGCAUCCUCGGAAGACCUUCUUGGCCUAGAGCUUGUCAAGAUUAUACAAUUCACAAUUCCCUAUGUGAUGGUCUCUCCAGCCAUCGGCUUUGAAUCUCAGGCGCUUGCCCUUCUCGAGAAAACAGACAUCAUUGCAUCUACUCCGCACGCAUUAGUCGAUCUAGUGAACACGUUUAGUCCCGACGAGAACAAGGAGGCUAGUGGACCAAGUGUGAUCAGUCUUCUGCAAAGCCAACUACAAGGCGAAGCUAGCGCAGGCUGGGAGCUUAAGUGUCUUCCCCGUCCCUGGAAGGGUGUCCAGGAAAUUGAAAAGGAUGAACAAGAUCCUAACCAGAAGCCAUUCGAGCCUGUAAACAAGGUUCCCUUCCCCGAGAUCAAUGUUCCGAAUCCCGUUCCAAAUGGGACUCGUCCUCUUUUCCCAGAGGUCUACAUCUCCGUGUACGCCAACCAGGAAAUCGACACAGUGCCUCCGCCUUCCGAUAUCACAUCUCUGCUCUUGAGAGAUGCUUUGGUGGACACAAUCAACCUUCUUGACUUCAAUCGCGUUGCUACCGCCAAGUUCUUGAUCGACGUGGAUUGUUACUUCACCCCGUACACCUUCGUCAAGCGUGCCACGCCCUUCGACCGGAUGCGUGAUCUCGCGGGUGAGGGUCAAUCGUGGAAGCCAGAGGAUAUCGCGGUGGAUGCAGUGUUCUCCCAGCUGUAUCAGUUGCCCACUCCUGAGCACAAGCUGAUUUACUACCAUUCUGUUCUGACGGAAUGCUGCAAAAUCGCCCCCGCCGCUAUCGCGCCUAGCUUGGGUCGUGCGAUUCGAUUCUUAUACAACAAUUUGGAGACUAUGGAUUUGGAGUUGAGCAACCGUUUCUUGGAUUGGUUCGCUCACCAUCUAAGCAACUUUGGCUUCACAUGGAAAUGGAGCGAGUGGGUCGACGAUCUCGACCUCCCAGCCAUUCACCCCAAGUUAGCAUUCGUGCACGGAGCUCUAGAUAAGGAAAUCCGCCUCAGCUUUGCGCAACGUAUUAAGGGAACAUUGCUGGAGCAAUACAUCCCCUUGAUUACUGAGGGCAAAGAAAAAGAUACCCCAGAGUUCAAAUAUCUUUCUGAGAUGACACCUUAUUCCAAGGAAGGGCAGGAAAUCAUGCAACUUAUCCGAAAGAAGGCGGACGACGAAGAAAUCCAGCCGAUAAUUGCGUCCAUUGAGGGGCAGGCUCAAAGUCUGGGAGUGGAAGAUCCCAAGAUCCCCUCCACGGACGCCCUUGUGACCUCUAUCUGUUUUGUAGGGUCCAAAUCGCUCUCUCACGUUCUUUCAUGCAUCGAACGAAACAAAGACCGAUUGCUGGCCAUUGGGCCUGUAUCUCAGCGGGCCCGCUGCCAAAUCAUCACUUCAGUGAUGGAAUACUGGUCUGAUCAGCCCGGUAUCGCCAUCAAUAUCAUUGAUAAACUCCUGAAUUACACCAUCAUCAGCCCCCUUUCAGUACUUGAAUGGGCCCUUUCCGAGUCCCUGGAUGCCGGGACCGUGCUAGCCAAGUCUCAUAUCUACGAGAUGAUCUCUGCUACCGUCGGCAAGGUCACCAAUCGCAUGCGCCAGAUCGUCGCUGCCCGGACCCAGUCCGGUCUAUACGAGCCACAGCUGAGCGUCUUGGAUGAGACACUAGCUCGCGAGCGAGUGGAAAUGCAGACUUUGUUCAGGUUUAUUGAGGAUGCCAUCGUUUCGGUAGCCUCUGGAAGUAACGAUGAGCUAAUGGAACGAGGGGAUGGCAGUGGUGAUCUUCCUGAAGACGCUAUCAUACGCCAAUGGGGACGCCGAUGGCUCCGAGUGUUCCGACGAAAGGGUGCUGUGGAAGAGGCGUUCAUUACUGAUGCCUUGGCUAACGCCACGCCAGUGGGCACGACGGCCCCACCUGUUCAGACAGAUAAUGCUGAAGAUGCCGAUGAUGGAGAUAUUAAGAUUGCUGAUGCAGAUGAGCAAUAG